AUCUGUCUAGCCCAACCCCCCCCUCCCCCAACCCUUCGGCUCUUGGUGGGGAAAUUUCGCAGAACAUCCGGUCUGGUCCCUCCCUCACUCUUCAGUCGUCUCCUGAACGCAGGAGAACCCCUCGAAUCCCCUCCAUCGUCGAGUCGCGUGCCCCUCGAAAAGCCGAUACACGGUCGAUAGUGCCAGCCAAUUCCACAGUAGAACCGUCAAGAUGAGUGCCGCGGACGGCGACGCCUUCAACCUCCAGCGGGACUAUGUCUACAUCCCAGCUUUCAUGCUCGUCGCGGGCACCCUCAUCGUCAAGAGGGAGUGGACAAUCUACGCGCUGCUGAUUGCCCUCGUUUUUGGUGGCUGGAACAUAUGGACUCUCCAGAUCCGGCCUGUCCUGAAGCCCAACGUUUUCCAGGAGUUUGAGCUCCAAGAAAAAACCAUCAUAUCCCACAACGUCGCCAUCUACCGCUUCAAGCUCCCUCGUGCCGCCGACAUCCUCGGCCUGCCCAUCGGGCAGCACAUCUCCAUUGGCGCCCAGCUGCCCCAGCCCGAUGGCACCACCAAGGAGAUCGUCCGCUCGUACACUCCGAUCUCUGGCGACCACCAGCCCGGCUUCUUUGACCUGCUCAUCAAGUCCUACCCCAAGGGCAACAUCUCGAAGCACAUGGCCUCCCUCAUGGUCGGCCAGACCAUCCGCGUCCGCGGCCCCAAGGGCGCCUUUGUCUACGAGCAGAACAUGUGCAAGCACUUUGGCAUGAUUGCCGGCGGCACCGGUAUCACCCCCAUGCUCCAGAUCAUCCGCGCCAUCGUCCGCGGCCGCCCCGAGGGCGAUGUCACCCAGGUCGACCUCAUCUUUGCCAACGUCACCGAGCAGGACAUCCUGCUCCAGGAGGACCUGGACGCGCUCGUCAAGGAGGACUCGGGUAUCCGCGUGCACUACGUCUUGGACAAGCCCCCCGAGGGCUGGACUGGCGGUGUUGGCUAUGUCACGGCUGAGAUGAUCCAGAAAUGGCUCCCCAAGCCCGCCGACAAGGUCAAGAUCCUCCUCUGUGGCCCUCCCCCCAUGGUCAGUGGCCUCAAGAAGACCACCGAGAGCCUCGGCUACAAGAAGGCCCGCCCCGUCAGUAAGCUCGAGGACCAGGUCUUUGCCUUUUAGACGAGAGUGGUAUAUCUCCACUGGGCCAUAUUUUCACCGAGAAAACGGAUCGACAAUGAUGUCUGACGCAAUCUUAUGAGAAUGUACGAGUGCCUGAUGAAUAUAAUAACGCGAGUGGUGAGAUGA